CAUACCCGGAUGUGACGCAGCUAAUGAUGUCACUACCAGGAAGUUCCAACACAGUCCACUUAGACGUUGUGCUCGGAAGUUGAAUAUCCCUUGUUGGCUUUUUUCUUUAUUAACAAAGUGAAAGCAAUCGUAUUUGGUUUGGUAGUGUAUCGUUUUAUGUGGAAUUAAACAACCUCGUUUGUACUUUGUGUCAUCUGCGUGUGCUAAAAGGUGUUAUUAUAGCGUGUGUUAGCUGGCUAGCUAACAAUCCAGCUAGCAGCUAGUUAAGGUUGUUUUGGUUAUUGAUGUGAACAUUAACGUCACAUCAGAGGUCUCUGGACUCGGCUUUCAUUGCCAAUAACGUACAUUGAAAGGUGUAUUUGUCCAGUCGACUCAGGAAAUGAUUGUGUCUGUUUGAGUUUUCCAAGGACUUUGUAUUGUAUUGUAAAUCGUGGGUAGUGUACCAGCUAGCUGGUUAGCUAACGUCAGACGGCGGUUGCCUAGCUUUAGCUCCCAGUUUUGGGGACCGUUUGAUUUGUUCCUUGCCCCGAAUAGUGGACGUCUGGCGAGCUUCAAACGCUCUCUGUGAAUCGGAUCCAAUGCGUGGGAUAAUGGGGACCCAGACUAGUCCAGUCAAGAGCUACGAUUAUCUGCUGAAAUUUCUUUUGGUGGGAGAUAGCGAUGUUGGAAAGGGAGAAAUCUUGGAAAGUUUACAAGACGGAUCAGUAGAGUCCCCCUAUGCCUACAGCAGUGGCAUUGAUUACAAGACCACCAAAAUUCUGCUGGAUGGGAGAAGAGUAAAAUUAGAGUUAUGGGACACAUCAGGGCAAGGCAGAUUCUGCACCAUCUUCAGGUCUUACUCUCGUGGAGCACAGGGCAUCCUGCUUGUUUAUGACAUCACUAACGGCUGGUCGUUUGAUGGCAUUGACCGCUGGAUACGGGAAAUUGACGAGCAUGCCCCAGGUGUACCCAGGAUCCUGGUGGGAAAUCGGCUUCAUCUGGCUUUCAAGCGGCAGGUGCCAACGGAGCAGGCAAGGGCAUAUGCAGAAAAGAACAGCAUGACUUUCUUUGAGGUCAGCCCGCUGUGCAACUUCAACGUCAUCGAAUCCUUCACGGAACUUUCACGCAUUGUGCUGAUGAGGCAUGGGAUGGAGAAAUUCUGGAGGCCGAACAGAGUCUUCAGCCUCCAGGACCUGUGCUGCCGGUCCAUCGUCUCCUGCACACCGGUGCACCUCAUUGACAAACUGCCCCUCCCCGUGACCAUCAAGUCCCACCUCAAGUCUUUCUCCAUGGCCAACGGCAUGAAUGCAGUCAUGAUGCAUGGACGCUCCUACUCGGUGGCCAACGGUGCAGCCUCGGGUGGUAGCAGCGGCGGAAGUAAAGCCAACAGUCUGAAGCGCUCAAAGUCCUUCCGGCCUCCACAGAGUCCUCCAAAGAACUCGUCGUCCUCCUCUAAGGGGAACUGUAAGAUUUCAUAGUGAAGGAGCGGACUAAUGGUUGAGGUAUUAAAUGUGUUCUUGCUCCAAGAGGACACAAAGGCCAUGGAGGAGCACGGAGAGCCACCAGCAAUCUUCACCACAAACGGAUAUAGCUGCGAUCUUACAUUGUCCUUUUGUGGAAGUGACUUGGAUGGUUGGAUUGGUUUCUUUGGCGCUUUGCUGGACCAUCUUGUGGAUGUCCCGUUCACCCCGUACUCUCUACCAAAAAGAGGCUCACGAUGAUCAAGUAGAACCAGAUUUCCUCUGGGAAUAACAGAUGUGAAUCAAGGGAUCAUCCCUCACCUGUUAACACUACAACUGAGUGGAGGGACAUUAGCUAGCUUUUAUUUUGAAAAGGGAUUUAUUGUAUUUAAAGUUGUACAUGUGCUGUAUGUGCUCGUUGUUUUGAGGAGCUUCUUAUGCUUGUUUUUGUCUUGAAUGUUUUGGUAGACCUGCUUUUGGUGUACCAUUUCUUUGUGUGUCUUAUGCCCUUUUGUCUACUGUGGAAAAUUCCCGUUGCCACCUCAAGGGUGCGGAGCUACUUAUUUAAAACUCAGAGAAGUUGUGUUUUUAAAUAAGGCUUAAAGUGAAUGUCAUGAGAAGAGCAGGGCUAGUUUCACCAGACAGACUAAUACUGGAUUUAAGAGAAAAUACAAGAACAUUAUCUAGCACUGUCCAGCAAAGUCCAGCCAAGUUGUCUUGUUUUGAAGACUUCCUGUGGUGCCCAAUUUCAGCCCAAAGGAAUUCACCCUCCACCUCCCAUCAGUCAUUGGUUUGAACAUCUGUUAACUUUCUCAGGCUGCUUUUGCCUCCCUCUAAUAUCCUUCGUUGUAGCAUCAUCGCUCUGACUGGUUUAAACGGUGAACAGCAUGAUCAUCUAUCAAUCUAUUAACUCUUUGGGGCAAUUCAGAGAUUACUUGGUGCUGCUGAGGAAAAUGCGUGUUGCCUUCAGAAAGUGCUCUUUCUGAAUUGGUUUGAUUGUUUGGAUCUUUUUAUGUAUAUGCAAUGUAUUUAUGAAUGUAACACAAUAUUCAUCUGCUACUUCGCUGUGGUAACAUGUGGGACUGUAAGAAUCAGAGGUGGAAAGCUAUCUGCUAUUGUAAUAAGUUUAACAAGCGUUAAGUAUUUGUGCUGUAAGUUCAUUCUUCUUUUCUAACCCUCUUAAAAUGUGUGCUAUAUGAGGGGUUAGAAUCGUUUAUGGUUGUGAAACGUGACGUCAGAUGAACCGGAAGGACGCAGAAAGCGUUUUAAAUCGGAGUGAACUAAUAAUAUUGUUUCUUUUAAUAACUGACACUCAGUUUUCUUUCCACCUCUGAUUAGGGUGCUGUAUUUAUACUUUAACAUUCCCAGUGUCAUUGAGGGCAUAAGAAAUGGUGCAUGUUUUCUACUGGCGCCUGUUGUAUGACAGAUUAACAGAACAUUUAAAGCACUAUAUGUAAACGUUUGAUAAUGAUUGUUGCUAUCAGAACCGUGUCUCAAAGGUUUGGAUACAAUUGUGUCUCCAUUGAAAACAGUCACCCAACAAAAUAAAGGGUAAAGCUACA